UGACUGAGGAUGACAUGGGGCAUCCAGAUACAGAAGAUGCUAUUGCCCUGCUCAAGGAGGUCCUGGAGUACAGUGUCAUUGGAGGGAAGUACUAACGGGGAAUGACGGUGCUGAUAACAUUUCAGGACCUGGUGGAACUAACAAAGCAGGAUGCUGAUAGUCUCCAACUGGCCAUGACUGUGGGCUGGUGUGUGGAACUGCUCUAAGCUUUCUUCCUGGUGUCAGAUGACAGGGAAUCAUCCCUCACCUGAUGGGGGCAGAUCUGCUGGUAUCAGAAGCCAGGUGUAGGUUUGGAUGCCAUCAAUGAUGCUAUACUUCUGGAAGCAUUUAUCUCCUGACUGCUGAAGCUCUAUUGUUGGGAGCAUCCCUAUUACCUGAACCUGAUGGAACUCUUCCUGCAGAGUUCCUAUCAGACUGAGGUUGAACAGACCCUGGACCUCAUCAUAGCCUCCCAGGGCAGCAUGGAUCUUGGCAAAUUCACUGGAAAGAGGACACUUGCAGAGAGCUACAAUGGAAAAGUCCUGGAUGCUGUGGAACUUCGUUGAAAGAUGGCUAAUAACCUUGGCCUCCUGGUCUUGGGCGCUCUGCCGUAUUUCUCUCUUACCUUUAAUAGUGACUUUUCAUCUGUAUGGAGGCAUUAUCUUACUUUUGUUAAUAUUCAUAUCAAUAGCAGGUAUUCUAUAUAAAUUCCAGGAUGUAUUGCUCUAUUUUCCAGAACAGCCAUCUUCCUCACGCCUUUAUGUUCCCAUGCCCACUGGUAUUCCACAUGAAAACAUUUUUAUCAGAACCAAAGAUGGAGUGCGUCUGAAUCUUAUUUUGGUAAGAUAUACUGGAGACAAUUCACCCUAUUCUCCAACCAUAAUUUAUUUUCAUGGGAAUGCAGGCAACAUAGGUCACAGGUUACCAAAUGCAUUGCUUAUGUUGGUUAACCUCAAAGUUAAUCUUUUGCUUGUUGAUUAUCGAGGAUAUGGGAAAAGUGAUGGAGAAGCAAGUGAAGAAGGACUCUACUUAGAUUCUGAAGCUGUGCUAGACUAUGUGAUGACUAGACCUGACCUUGACAAAACAAAAAUUUUUCUUUUUGGUCGUUCCUUGGGAGGAGCAGUGGCUAUUCAUUUGGCUUCUGAAAAUUCACAUAGGAUUUCAGCCAUUAUGGUGGAGAACACAUUUUUAAGCAUACCACAUAUGGCCAGGACUUUAUUUUCAUUCUUUCCAAUGCGUUACCUUCCUUUAUGGUGCUACAAAAAUAAAUUUUUGUCCUACAGAAAAAUUUCUCAGUGCAGAAUGCCUUCUCUUUUCAUCUCUGGACUCUCUGACCAAUUAAUUCCACCAGUAAUGAUGAAGCAGCUUUAUGAACUCUCCCCAUCUCGGACUAAGAGAUUAGCCAUUUUUCCUGAUGGAACUCAUAAUGACACAUGGCAGUGCCAAGGUUACUUCACUAGCCUUGAACAGUUCAUCAAAGAAGUAAUAAAGAGUCAUUCUCCUGAAGAAAUGGCAAAAACUUCAUCUAAUGUGACAAUUAUAUAAUGUUUUUUUAUUGCACUGUAUUUUAGUUUGUGCAGAAUGAUAAAGAAUGUUCCUUUCUAGAAGUGUGUUCUAUCUGUACUUGUCUGAAGAGUGACAUUAAAUGUUGAAAGGACUUUAGUGCUCUUUAAAGAUGAUCCAAAUAGUUUUUUACAUUGGAAAAACUAUAAUUGUUGGGAUUAUUUCAUACAUUUUCAUCAAACCUUUCAAUGUGUUUAUGUGUCUGUAUCUUUAGUUUAAUAUGCCAGUAGAAUAUAUUCAAAAGUUUCUUGUUGCUAAAGUGGUACACUCCAUCUGAUACUUAAGGUUAAUGUCUGGGUGUGGAAGGGGAGAUACAGACGAGAAACCUUCGGAUAUUAUUCCUUUAGUAAAUAUUGGGACAAUCAUGGUAUACAAGCUUAGUUCUAUAACUGUAUUUUUCACCUUAAAAUGCAUGAUGAUAUUUUAUUUCUUGAAUUAUGCAAUGCAAUGUUUUUAAUGUAAAUAGCACUGGUCAUAUACCAAUGUAUAUGGUAACCUGGGUUAUAUCUAUUUUUAUGUAAACUAUUUUGGUUUUGGCAAGAAGUGAAAUUGAGGCCUGUGUGCAGGUUGCUAUUGAAUUUUGCUCUGGCGUAUGCUGAGAUUCAGCUUUUUCUUACAAAUAAAUGGGACCCCACUUUCCAACAAAAAUGUACUGUGUUUUGUUAGGUACAGUCUGGAUCAUGGCAUGCAAAAAUAGAAAUUUAGAAUUUCACUGCAGCUUCAAUGUGCAUCUUUGAACUUUUUUACAUUUGUAGUUUUGGUGGCAAAGAGAAUUUUACUUUUUAUCAAUUUCAUAAGUCUACAGGUAAACCACCAAUGGCAGUCAUAAUGAAGAUAACUUGUUUAAGAAUUAAAGUAGGAACUCUUAUUACAUAAUUGUACAUACUGUUUUACAGAAGUUCCCUCUUGAUUUUUAAGUCCCAGUAUCUAGGUAUAUCUAACCCACUAAAGCCAAGGUGUCAUUUAUUGGACUUUCUGAAAAUAAACACAACAAAAACAAAAAAGCUAUGUUCUUUGGUUUAAUAUUUUAGUUAUAAAAUAGAACUGCAACAAAAGACAAUUUUAGGAAGUAUUAUUUUCUACAUGUAGGAAUGUGGGGAUGAAGGAAUGCUACAGCUUUUUAUCACAGAACAUAUUACCCCAUUUAACUAUUAAAUGGCUAUCAGUGGGAAGUAGUAUUUAGUCAUAUAGAAAUGUAUGAAAAAAAUUUUUAAAAAAGCUCCUUAAAAUUGCAGGAUUUACCUUAAAUAUAUAUAUAUAUAUAUACACAUAUAUAUAAGCUUUGAGACAUAAGUGUACUAAGUUGUGUCAAGCAAUCUUCAAAAAUUAGAUGUAUUUGAGCUCUGUGCAUUAUGUCAGCUUUAAAUGUAAUAUUUUGAAUAUUUAGGCUAUAUUUAUUGGCUUUGUGCAAGCAGCUAGAACAGAAAUAAUGGGUCAGUAGUUUUGACCUUAAUUUAAAAACUCUUUCUAUGGAGAUAGGGCUAGAAAUACUUUUGCCAAAUAACAUUCGUCUCAUUCACUUUAUGUCAAUAUUUAGAAAACAUUAAAUUACAGCAAAUAUGAUGUUUUUCUAUAAAUUAUUGUAAAAAAAGUCAUGCUUUUAAAAACAAAUUUGGUAAUGCAUAUCAUGGAAAGUGUAUUUUGUAUGUAUAAUUUCACGACAAUUAAAGGAUACUUUUCAUCUUGUCAAUCAUUGCUAUGUAGAAUGACUGUCUUAAAUAGUAAUGUACUAAAGGGAAAAAAUUUAAUACAACAAGAUCUAGUGUACUUAGACAUGAGCUUACAUGGAAAACCUUAGACUCAUCAUUCUUUGAAGUUUAUAAAGUACCUUCGUACGUUUUCAUGUAAUCAUUUAAUCUACUACACUAUGAAGGAAUUUAUCAAAUUUAGUUGUAAAUAUUAUGCUGAUGAAGCCUAAAAGCUUUUUCUUCAUCAGUGUUUUGUUUUAUGCUUUUUAAAAUACUCCAUGUUUAUAAACAGUCUUUUUUUUUUUUUCUUUUUCAAGUCAGGACUUCAAAAGUUGUAAAGUACAUGUAUCCCAUCCCUACCCUCAUUCUCUUUGGGUUAAGGAGCCUUUCUUCCUGCAGCAAAGGGAAGAGGCUGUUUCUAGGGUUGUAGUACCUAAUUUCUGUUUUUGAGAAUAUUUCUUUAGAUAGGGAGAAAUAGAAAACAAAAUCAGUUCUUCAAAACGUGUCUAAUUUUUGGCCAAAGCAUUUGGUGUUAAUAAAAUGUGAAUUCUGAAUGAGUCACUUCAUUUUGGAUUCAUAGGUUUAGUGGGAAUAGAGUGUGUCCGUCUUGUGUAUUAAUUUCUGGCUCACUUAUCCAAGAGCAGCUCUGGGAGUUUCUGAAUGAAUUUUAAGUUAUUAAGCUAUGGUAAAUUUGGAAAUAUUUAAACAUGGCAAGAUAUAAUUUAUUUAGAUCAAAAUCCAUUGUUUUAAAAGGGAUUAUUGGGGAGAAAUGGCAAAAGGGAUCCUAAAAGGGAUAUUGCAAAAUAUGGAAAAAUAAUUUGUAGAAGAUAAAAGAAUACUAAUAGAAAGAGCAACUAAGUGAAAGGUUGUGUGUUAAAUGUAGGUCUAGGAAAUAACUGGUGAGAUUGGUGAAAAGGAGACAUAACAAUGCAAAACAGUUAAAUACCAGACAUUUCUAACCAAGUGACUGGAGCACCUAAUGCUGCCACUACCCUAUAUUUUUGCAAGCACUCUGAUUGUAAGGUAGAUAUUUUCAUUACAAUUUCGAUUUUUUAAAAAAUAUAUUUUUAUUGAUUUUCAGAGAGGAAGGUAGAGGGAGAGAGAGAGAAACAGCAAUGAUGAGCGGGAAUCAUUGAUCGGCUGCCUCCUGCACACCCCACAUGGGAGUGAGCCCGCAACCCCGGGCAUGUGCCUUGACCGGGAUUGAUGCUCAACCACUGAGCCACCAUGGCUGAGCUACAAUUCUGAAUUUUGUAGCUGAAUAGGACAGCUUAAAUUUACUUUUUAUGAUAAGCUCUAGUCUAGACACAUGAUAAUUACCAAAGUUCCAGCUUUGGUAAUGUGUCACUGAAUUAAUUAUGUUGUAAUAUUUCUGAAUGAGAAUUCAUACCACCUCAUGCUUUCAUAUUCAUCUCUUAAGUUUGAAAGAUUUGGUUUGAGGUGGGAAUAGAUUUGUUGAUGGAAUUAAAGAGUGAAGGCCAUAUUCAAUUUUACAUGUUAUUUUGCAAGCUCAGUUUAAGUGUAGAAGUGUAGUUUUUAUUUAGUUCCUUGUUUUCUUGAGGUUAGGAGUAAAUAGAUAAACUUUUUAAAAAGAUAUCACAGAAGACACUUUUUAAAUUAGGUCAUGGUUGAGAUAUACUGAAAUCCUUCACUAACCUCUCCCUCUCUGUUUCUCCUAUUAUGUUUGACAACAAUUAUGGAUUUAAAAAAAUUU